UCACUGAGAGGAGCAACAGGGAGAAAAAACUGGAACGUCACAUUUCCUCAAAAAUGAAAGUGAAAGUUUGAGUGACAGCAGAGCUGCAGUCCAGACGAGUCUGUGUGUUUCUCUCUGAAGAAAACUUUCUCAACACAACAGCAGAAUCUCUGACAAACACUGACUGUCAACAUGUCUGCUGCCAACUGUCUGCUGACUGAAGAUCAGUUUCUGUGCUCCAUCUGUCUGGAUGUGUUCACUGAUCCAGUCACCAUACCAUGUGGACACAACUUCUGUAAAUCCUGCAUCACUGAACACUGGAGAGUUAAUGUCCUGUGUCAGUGUCCAAACUGUAAAGAGGUUUUCUACACAAGACCGAAGCUGCAGGUCAACACGUUCAUCUCUAAGAUGGCUGCUCAGUUCAGACAGUCAGCUCAACAGAAAGCCAGCAGCAGCAGCUCAGAGCAACAAGUUUCCAAACCAGGAGAAGUUCCCUGUGACGUCUGCACUGGAACCAAACUGAAGGCCCUGAAGUCCUGCCUGGUGUGUCUGGCCUCCUACUGUGAGACUCACCUGGAGCCUCAUCUGACAAUGUCAGGCCUGAAAAGACAUCAGCUGAUCGACCCUGUGGAGAACCUGGAAGACAGGAUGUGUACGAAGCACGAUAAACUGCUGGAGCUGUUCUGUAAGACCGACCAGAUGUGUGUCUGCAUGCUCUGCACUGUUUUAGACCACAAGACACAUGAUGUUGUUCCUCUGAAAGAAGAAUAUGAAGGAAAGAAGGCCGAGCUGGGGAAGAGAGACGCUGAAAUUCAGCAGAUGAUCCAGAAGAGACGACUGAAGAUUGAGGAGAUGAAGCGCUCAGUGGAGCUCAGUAAGAAAGAUGCAGACAGAGAGAUAGCAGCUGGUGUUCAGGUCUUCAGAGCUCUGAAGGAGUCUGUUGAGAGAAGCCAGGCCGAGCUCAUGGACACCAUCAAAGAGAAGCAGAGAGAGACAGAGAAACAGGCUGAAGGCUUCAUCAAAGAGCUGGAACAGGAAAUCUCUGAGCUGGAGAAGAGAAGCUCUGAGGUGGAGCAGCUCUCACAGUCUGAAGACCACCUCCACCUCCUCCAAAGCUUCCCAUCACUGAACACUGCUCCACCCACCAAGGACUGGACAGGAGUCAGCAUCCGUCCACCUUCAUAUGAGGGGACUGUGGUGAGAGCUGUGAAUCAGCUGGAGGAGACGCUCAGUAAACAGAUGAAGAAGGUCGAGCUGAAGAGGGUCCAGCAGUAUGCAGUGGAUGUGACACUCGAUCCUGAUACAGCACAUCCUGCUCUCAUCCUGUCUGAUGAUGGAAAACAAGUUCACUGUGGUGAUGUAAAGAAGAAUCUCCCAAACAACCCAGAGAGAUUCGAUGAAUGUCCCUGUGUCUUAGCAAAGCAGAGUUUCUCUUCAGGAAGAUUUUAUUAUGAGGUUCAAGUUAAAGAGAAGACUAAGUGGGAUUUAGGAGUGGCCAGAGAGUCGAUCAACAGGAAGGGAGAAAUCACAGCAUCUCCUCAGGAUGGUUACUGGACGAUAUGUUUGAGGAAUAAAAAUGAGUACUAUGCUUGUGCUGACCCUUCGGUCCGUCUCUCUCUGAAGCAUCAGCCUGAGAAGGUGGGGGUGUUUGUGGAUUAUGAGGAGGGUCUGGUCUCCUUUUAUGACGUUGAUGCUGCAGCUCUUAUCUACUCCUUUACUGGCUGCUACUUCACUCAGAAACUCUACCCACUCUUUGGUCCAAGUCCUAAUGAUGGUGGUAAAAACUCUGCUCCUCUGAUCAUCUCUCCUGUCAGUCACACUGAGUAGAACAAACAUCUGAUUUUCUACAGAAAGAUUCACAUCAUUUAAUGUUUGAAAUGUACAGUUAUUGGAGAUGUGUGAUGUAUAUAUUGUUUUUUUCAUGUGCUUUUAUUCUUUUACAUGAAAUGAUUUUCUUUGAUGUGUCACAUGGAUUUUUACCACAACAACAACAGUUUUACCACAAAGAUUGAUAUUAGUAGUGUAAUUUAUCCUAAUAACCGUAUUACCUGCCUUCAUGAAUGUUAAAUCAUCAGAAAACAAUGAACAAACAAAAUAAUUGUAUUCUGUUUUCUUCAUGAAUAAAAGAGAA